UCCAAUGUUUCUUGGAGUAGGACAGGUAUGUUCAUAGAUAAAAGAGAUUAAAUGAUGGUAACCACUAUUCUCAUCUUAUAUGUGUCAAAAUUAAAUAAAAUCAUUCAUUUUCCUGAUCUUGACAAAAGCAUCCCUAAAAAGUUGUUUCCACUUCCUCUGAUUUAUAUUGGAAACCAUAUAAGUGGAUUAUCAAGCAUAGGCAAGCUAAGCUUGCCAAUGUUUACAGUCCUGAGGAAGUUUACCAUUCCUCUUACAUUACUGCUGGAAAUUAUUAUUCUUGGGAAACGCUUUCCCCUGAGCAUUAUAAUCAGUGUGUUUGCAAUCAUUUUGGGGGCCUUAAUAGCAGCAGGAUCAGAUUUAGCUUUCGGCUUGGAAGGCUAUGUUUCUGUUUUGCUCAAUGAUAUCUUCACAGCAGCAAAUGGUGUUUAUACCAAACAAAAAAUUGACCCUCAGGAACUGGGAAGAUAUGGAGUAAUUUUUUAUAAUGCCUACUUUAUGAUAAUUCCUACAGUUCUCAUCAGUUUUUUCACUGGAGAUUUCCAGCAGGCCACGGAUUUCCAGCAGUGGACAAACGCUUUAUUUAUCUUUCAGUUUCUUCUUUCUUGUGUGUUGGGGUUUCUUCUGAUGUAUUCUACAGUUCUCUGCAGCCAUUAUAAUUCUGCUCUAACAACUGCAGUAGUUGGUGCUAUAAAAAAUGUGUCUGUUGCUUAUAUUGGCAUGCUAUUUGGUGGAGAUUACAUAUUUAAUAUGUUGAACUUCAUUGGACUCAAUAUCAGCAUGGCAGGAGGCCUGAGAUAUUCAUUCUUGGCAAUACGGGGACAGGACAAUCCUAAUUGUCCCCCCAUAACUGAAGAAAAAACAACUCCAGAUUCCAAGAGCUAACUGAAGCAAACAACAUGAAAAACUCUAAGGAUGCCAACUAGGCAAAAAUAUUUCCUUUGAUAGAAGAUGAUAACUGAAACACAUAAAAAUGCACCUGAAAAUUCACUUGCCAUAUUAAAGCAAUCUUCAACGUACAGAAAAUAGUUUGCAAAUUUUUGAGUUUCCAAGAAUUGUUCAUGAUUAAAAAUCCAAAAAAGAAUAUUCAGGGUAUAUAAAAUGUGGGUUUUGUUUAGGCUAUGUCUAUACCAGGCUUCAGAUCGUGUGUGGAAAAAAAAAAACCUGCAGUAGCAUUAGCCUGUAACAAAAUUUUGCUAGAAAGUUGAAAAGAACAAAUAUUUGUUGG